ACCGAUCCCACCUUCCCCGGGAACUCCGCCGCAGGCAAAGCGCGCUCCAGGCAUGACGCUCACGGUCGUCGUUGGCUCCAGCGGAUCGGGCAAAACAACUUUGCUCGAGGACGUGCACAAGCUCCACAAAUGCUGCUACAUCCGCCAAUACCACAUGCUGCGGCCGUACGUCAAGGUCGAGAGCAUCCCCAACUUUGACCCAACCGCGCUGCCGUACUGGUCGCUCUACUCUGAAAAGACGUUUGAGGACGGCAAGCAAAACGUGUCGUACAGCCCCAGCGUGCAGAUUGGCGGCACCAUGGCGGGCCAGCUCACCAAGGGGCUGUCGGGAGGGCAGCGCAAGAUGCUCCUCUUCGAGCUGGUCAAGCAGCGCACCGCCGGCUCAUCCGACCUGCUGCUCGUGCUCGACGAGCCGUUCGCGGGCGUGACGGAUGACUUCGUGCCCUUCAUCGUGAUGCGGCUGAACGAGAUGCGGCAGAAGCACAAUAUCCUCCUCGUUACCAAUGACCAUGUCCAGACGCUGACGGAGAUGGCUGACUCGACCGUCGUCGUCUCCGCCGUCGACCGCUCGAAGGUGUGCGUGGACUCGAAGGGGUACGAUCGCGAGCUCUUCCUGCACGCGGUCGCCUCGGGCGCCGAGUACGAGGGCGGGGUGGGCUCGCAGGACCUGCGCUUCUUCGCGGCGACUGAGCUUAGCCCGCGCAACCCCAACAUCCAGGGCGUGCUCGGCUUCACCGCCUUCGCGAUGGUCAUGUUCCUGCUCACCUUCUGGGACUCGCGGCCAGGCUCGGAGGCGCUGCUGCUGGUCGGGCUACAGAUCGUCGCCUUCUUCGCCAUCAACCCGUACCUCAUCCACCUCACCGACUGGCGAAACACGAUGGCGGAGGAGGCGGCAGCGCUGAUGCACGUCUCGGCGCAGGCCAACCUCGCCCUCAAGGCGGGCAUCGUCCUCUCCCUGAUGCUCCUCAUCUCGAGCGUCUCCUUCGGCAUGGUGCAGGCCUGCACAGACACGCUCCGCAGCGGCAGG